AGCGCUCGUCUCCUUUGUGUUGCGGACUGAUGCUUUAUUGCACAAAUGGAGCAGAAAGUUGUUCUCAUUACUGGAUGCUCUUCAGGGAUUGGACUCAGCCUGGCUGUGCAUCUCGCAUCAAAUCCGUCAAAAGCCUACAAAGUCUACGCUACCAUGCGGAACCUGGACAAGAAGCAGCGGCUGCUGGAGAGUGUGAGAGGACUGCAUAAAGACACAAUGGCCAUACUACAGAUGGAUGUGACAGACCAGCAGUCUAUACUUGACGCUAAGAGAAACGUUACAGAGGGCAGAAUUGACAUACUAGUUUGUAAUGCAGGUGUAGGUCUGAUGGGUCCUCUGGAAGCCCACUCACUGGACGAUAUACAUGCAAUCCUGGAUGUCAAUCUGCUGGGCACCCUCCGCACCAUACAGACCUUCCUACCAGACAUGAAGAAAAAGAGACACGGACGAAUCCUUGUGACCGGCAGCAUGGGAGGACUUCAGGGACUACCAUUCAAUGAGGUCUACUGUGCUAGCAAAUUUGCAGUAGAGGGUGCUUGUGAGAGCCUGGCUAUACUGCUCCAGCACUUCAAUAUCCAUGUGAGCCUGAUUGAAUGCGGACCAGUCAACACAGACUUCCUGAUGAACCUGAAGAGGACGGAGCCCAGCGACGAAGCACAGAAAGUUGACGCGCACACACGCAGCCUGUAUGAUCAGUACCUGCAGCACUGCCAGUCUGUGUUCCAGAACGCCGCUCAGGACACCGAAGACAUCAUACAGGUGUAUAUGGAGGCAAUCGAAGCCCAGACUCCAUUCCUCAGAUAUUACACUAACAGAGCCCUGCUACCCAUGAGCAGCCUCAAACUCACUUCCAUGGAUGGCUCUCAGUACAUUCGAGCCAUGAGCAAACUCAUCUUUUCUGCACCCAAUACAGGUCCACAUAUGUGAUAAGAUUCUUUUUUUGUAAGCCCUGAAAUACGGAAUUAAAAAGUGCUAACAAAUUAAGCUUUCGGCUGAAACUAGUACUGCAGUGUUUUGACUGCCACUUUAUGCAAGAAUCACUAACAUACUCUGAAUAACUAUGAUUUGUACAACACAGAACCAGUGAAAAUAAAGUCUUUGUGUAUCUAGUCUGUGUUCUGUAUUCCUCAGUGUUGAACUCUGUACAGAAUUUCAUCUCAAGGACUGUCUGCCCUUUUCGCACAAGACCACCAUCAGUGUUUCACAUUUUUGUUCAUUUGUUUACUAGAACCAGAGAACAGUAAGGUCAGAGCACACCAAACCUACGCAAGGUCAUUAUUUUGUGAGCGUUUCAUUCAAGGACACUGUGAACUGGAUCUCAUGCCAAUGUCACCGAUAUGAUGCCCAGUAUAUCACAGGUUCACAGAUGGCUUACACCUUCAUUUUGGUAUUUAUAGAUUUACAGCCUAUAUAUACACACACAACAAGAAAUAACUGCUUAACCUCAUCUAAGUUAGUGAUAAUUUGCAAAAGGUAACAAGAAGUUACCAUUCCUUUGCCCUGUUAUUUCACACUACAAUACAGUUGCCAGAAGACAGCAGAGAUUGUUCAUUGACAGGGUGCAAUAACAUACACACAUUGACGUAGUAAUUUGCGUAUUCUGACGGUGUCCGGUCUAAGUUGAGGACUCUGAUCAGGGACUAUUGAAGUGGAUUAUAGAUCUAACACGAGAGAUCGGUUUUGGUGAGACAGUCACAUAACCAACUUAAGCCACUUAAUGCAAGGAUCAGCCAUUGCAAUGCAUGUGGUUCUAGUUCUUUGGUUUGAAUUCAAUCAAAGGAUCUACAAAUUUGUUUAAAAUCAUGAUAUAUCUAGUUUCAGUAACCAUCAGAACACAAUAAACUGUCUUGGCCUUGUAAGAAAACAAGACUAUAUCUGACACCGUGAAACUAUAACUGGGCAAUUUUAGCAGCUGUGUUUGUUCUUUGCUCUUAAAAAUAAAGGUUCCAGAAGGGAAUUUUUGAAGCGAUGUCACAGUAAACCCAUUUUUGGUUCCCCAAAGAACCUUACAGUGAACAGUUCUAAAAAUAAUAUUUUUUUCUUAGUGUGAUGAAUAGGCUAUUUUAGUAAUCAAAAGAACAUUUUGUAGAAUAGUGAAGUUUCCGUGAUUGUCAAAGAUUCUUCAUGGAAUCAUCAUUGCCAAUAAAGAACCUUUAUUUAGAACUAGGGUUGUUCUGAUUCCGAUACUAGUAUCGGAAAUUCCACCGAUACCACAAAAAAUUCUGGCAUCGGUAUCGGCGAGUACUCGAACCCAUGUACCGAUCCGAUACCAUUUUCUUAAACAAGACCUAUACUUAUGCGCGCUAGCUUUGCUUAACGCUGCAAAUCGGAUAUCAAUUCUUCUUCGCUGCUCAGAAUGCAAACACAGGAAGUUGUGCUGUGUUGCCACAAGCAACCACUAUUUAGAGCAGCGAAGAAGAAGUACAAACGUGCUAGCACAUUGCCAGUAAAUCACUUGCAUAUGCGACUAAAUCUUCACCCUGGGCGACUAAAUGAUGUCUAAUAUUAACCACUGGCUAAUAAAUAAUCAGAUUUUACUGGCCAGUGUGUGAGUUGGAGGCUAUGUAUAGGGAGGGGCUUCUGCCAGGCGGCUCCAGUCUCGUUGCGAAAUGGCUGACAUGGAUUUUGUUGACUCUUCCACUUCUUUCUGCACACUUCCUCUGAAUAAACACAUCAACUCAAUAUGUAUAUAUAGCUCAAAUUGAGUAAAGAGCGUUUUUUACAAUUUACCAGAUUAUCCGA